AUGGCUACUAAUCAGUUCCCUUCCCUCGAGCCAGCAUUCACGGUGCGCUUGUACCCUGGCAAAGAUUAUAACAUAGGAGGCAUCCUCAGCGGCGAAAUGCUUAGCGCUUUUCUAAACUUUUUGCUUCGACAAAAGCCAGUUACAUCUGGUAAAGUCACUAGCGAGCCCGGAUUCGAAAUUCCGCUUGACGCUGAGGUAGUCAUGGGGUCGGAUAUGGCACGUACCGCACCAACACAAACUCACACGCGCAUAGAUGUGAAUGCGAUUUUGAGAAACAGUGACGGUGCCCUGGUGAGCUACAAGUAUACGGGAGUGGUUGAAGUGGACGAGGCACUGGCCGCCAUUCUGGCCGGAGAUCCAGAAGCCAAAUCCACAUCCUUUGGCAAGGCAUUGUCCCACGUUACGUUUGAAACCGGAUCAGAGUCCCUGAAGGAACUGAGAACAAGUCUCUUCGUGGGUAGUGCUAGAUUUCUCAUCGAGGACGGAGUCUUCUCGAUUGAAACCAAGGUCAGUCGGGUCAAAGGGUAG